AUGCAGAGCAGAAGACUACGGGCAACGCUCUUACGGGGCCUACUAGUAUUGGCUACCCCCGCAGUGGCAAGUUGUCCCUGCUCAACAGCACCUCAAGCAUGUUCGAUUCUCGCUUCGACGUUGCCAGCUGAAGCGUUCGUUGCCCCAAACUCGACGGGAUACCAGACAGUUCAGAGUAGCUACUGGAGCGAAACGGCGGGCGAUCUGAGCCCAGCUUGCAUCGCACGGCCCCGGAACACGGAGCAAGUGGCCUCCGUCAUAAAGGUACUCUCGUCCUGCGGUAAAAAUGUCCGAUUUGCUGUUACGAGCGGGGGUCAUGGAUCGUGGCCCGGCUGGUCCAGCACCGAGGGUGGAGUUCUCAUCUCAUUGGACUUGAUUGAUGGAGUCCAGAAUGUAGCUGACAAGGGCUAUGCUGUUGUAGGGCCUGGGGCGAGAUGGGUUGAUGUGUACGAGGCGCUUGAGCCUCACGGGGUGACUGUCAUUGGGGGCCGAUUCGCAUCUAUUGGCGUUGGGGGGCUGGCCGUUGGAGGAGGCAUCAGCUACUUCACUGGGUUGCACGGCAUGGCUUGUGACAAUGUGCUUAACUACGAGGUUGUUCUUGCGGACGGGACCAUCGCCAACGUCGACCAAGUAUCCAAGCCCGACCUCUUCCGUGCACUCAAGGGCGGCGGAAACCAGUUUGGCAUCGUGACGCGCUUCAGCCUCACGACAUACAAGCAAACGACACAGGUUUGGGCUGGUAUCUUGACCUUUUCUAUCGACAAGGCCAACCAGGUCUUCAACGCCACACAGGCUUUCAUCGCUAAUUACGAUCCUCUAUCGCACAUUUACCUCAGCAUGGGAGGGGGCUCCAACCCUCAGCUGUCCUUUAUAAACGUCUAUGUCUUUUACAAUGCCUCUUCUCCGCCGACCGGCGACGCCAAUCCUUUUGCAGCCUUUUACGCAGCCAAACCCAUCGCAGACACAACCUCCACACAAAGCUAUUCGGCCCUCAUAGCGUCAAACAACAAUGGUAACACGCCCCAGAAACGUUGGUUGAUCGGUGGCCACACAUUUCCCAACCUCGUAGCGCCGCACGGCGCUGAUUUGUACCUCCAGCAAUGGCAGGAGUUCCGGGACAUGGCAAACGCAACAGCAGCCGGCGAUCAGGACCUCCUCUUUUCCAUGGCGUUGGUGCCAGUACCAGCACUUGCGAUGCGAGCCGGCGAGAACGUCACAGGCGUAAAGAACGUGCUUGGCCUUGAACCAAACGCUGGCGAUGCUGUUUGGAUCGACUACACGCUCGCCUGGCUGGAGGCCAAGCACGACAGUAAGAUGUUCGAGUUUGUUGAGCGCAUCAGCACGGUCGGAGAUAAAUUGGCAAUGUCCUUUGCUCCUGGGGUAUUCAGCACAAACGCCAUCCCGGGCGCUGUUACUGCGAGGGAGGCGGAGUUCUACCGGACUAAUCCACGGUACAUGAAUUAUGCACUCCUGGACCAGCCUGUUCAGUCUAGUUACGGUAAGAAGAAUGAAGAGUUCUUGAAGCGUGUGCAGAAGCGAUAUGACCCGGAUGGGUUCUGGAGAAAGAACGGUGGUUUUCUGUGGGAUUGA